AUGAACUGGUCUGCCACAGUCAUAACAUCCGCCACGGCCGACACGGAGCCCAGUAUUGUGGUCACGUUUGACGACGCAAAGUACCUCUUCAAUGUUGGAGAGAACACCUCAAGAGCUUGGCUGCACAGCAACCACGGCUGGAAGAAGACCAAGGCCAUCUUCCUGACGUCGGUGGACACGCAGCGGGCCAGUGGGCUGUCAGGCCUCUUGAUGUUCUUCGCCGAUUCCGGGAGCAAGAAAGUGUCCCUCACAGGUCCAUCUGGUCUGCUGCACUACCUGGCCUCAAUGCGCUUAUGUCUAAGGCGCGCGAACAUGGAGUUAAAGCACAAUGAGGUACCACCGUCCGUGGCUCGAGAUGUGACACCGACGCCCGUGUAUUCAGACGACAAGAUCAAGGUCUAUGCACUUCCUAUCCACGCCUCUACAAUCGACUCCGCAGACGAAGCGCUGACGCCUGACUCGUCGGUUCUCGCCAAACGUAAGCGAUCGCCUUCACCCGACGUCCCUUCAAAGCGGACACCUCUGGCGGACGUGGCCCCUGAAGUCGUGGACGAGGCGGCGGAACCAUUGGACCCCUAUGUUCCUCCCGAAGAAGCAGAGGUAGCAGCAGCGGCCCCGGACGAUCUUGCCGCUCUUUUUGAAUCGGACCCACAAGAGUGGCGCAGGUUGGUGAUCCAGAACAUGUUCCCAUUCAAGGCUCCGGAGGAGUCACAAGAGAACGCAUAUCUGAGGCGGAAACGAGAGUUAAAGGCCAAGAAGAGGCGCCAGGGCUACGAAAACGCGGGUCUACCGUUACCUUUAGAGCUCCGACAAUCGUCGUCGUCGGUUGCUCCACUGUGCCCUGAGGCCAAUGCCAUACGUUCAGAGCGGGCAUGGAGGCUUCCGCGCUUUGCCUAUGGACCGGAAGGGAAAUCCUCACUAUGCUAUGUCUUGGUUGGGCCCGCCGGAAGAGGUCGAUUUGACGCCGCGAAAGCGGAGCAGCUCCAGGUGCCUCAUGGGGCUGAGCGGUCGAGACUUACCAGAGGGGAGACGAUUACAUUCACGGUGGAUGACGGUGCUGGCAACAGGAUUGAACGCACUGUCGCUCCAGAGGAAUGUAUGGGGCCAUCCGAGACCCCGCUGGCCAUGCUCGUGUUCGACGUUCCAACGCCCUCGCAUAUUUCUGAGCUAGUCAAGUCAUUCACGCAGGAUCCUUUCUACUCCAAAUUCCGCUCAAAGGCAACGCCUGCAAGCGCGCAGGAACCGAUAGUGUACGCUGUGUACCACCUGUGCGGUGUAGGUGUAUUGGAGGAUGAACGCUACAAAAACUUCAUGAGAGGCUUUCCCGAAGAUACGCACCAUAUCAUAUCCUCGCGUGAACAUGGCGACAACCGAGUGGUGUUCACCAAGGCUGCACUGAACCAGCUCCAACUCAGUACACUCGACCCGGACAUGUUUCCGCUUCCAGUACACACACUGCGCCCUCGCUGCGAUCUGGCAUCCAUCCCUGGCCUUCCCGCUCGAGUACACCAUCUGUACGCAAAUUGCCACAUUGAGAUGAGGCCUGUCAAGGAGCCUUGCUUCGAUCCGUUCGCAGUCAAGAAUGAUAUCUUCAAUUCUAUGGUAGAGAAGGGUUCGCCCGUGCGAAUCCCCCAGAAUGUGGUCCAUGCUUUUGGCACGGCGAAGGGCAAGAUCGAACAAGUUCAGAAGCGAUUGACGCGGAAGUCACGGCCUGGUGAUGAUGUUGAGAUCAUACCUCUUGGGUCGAGCAGCGCUACGCCAACUGCAUAUCGAAACGUGUCCAGCUUGCUCGUCAGAAUCCCAGGCUACGGGGGCAUUCUGCUAGAUGCGGGAGAGGGUACAUGGGGGCAACUUGCCCGUAUGUACGGAGAUGACGGUCAAAAUCGAGCAACGGGUGUUUGGGAGAUCCUCAGGAAUCUUCGUUGUAUCUUCGUCAGUCACAUGCAUGGCGAUCACCACUUGGGGCUCAGCAAGAUCCUUGCUAUGCGUCGACUGAUGGACCCUGCGCCGGCCCAACCACUUCACCUCAUCGGUCUCCCCUCUCACUUGAUGUACCUUCAAGAGCUUGAAGACCUCGAAGACCUCGGUUUAGAUCUAAAUGGUGGUAACGGCGUAAAAAUGAUCUCAGCGAACUUUCUGUGCCAGGGCUAUGGACACCAAGGCGGAUCGUCGCACAGGUACUACUAUACUGCGCAUUCGCUGACACGGGCUAGGAACCGACAGUAUAUCGAGGACCUCAAAAGCACCCUCGGGCUGAAGCACUUCCGUACUGUAGACGUUGAACACAAGACUAAAUGCUACGGCGCGGUUAUAGAACAUCGCGAUGGUUGGAGUAUAGUGUAUUCCGCAGACACUAUGCCUUCGGCUGCUCUUGUCGACGCCGGACAAUAUCCCACGUUACUCAUCCAUGAGGCCACGAUGGGAGAUGAAGAGGCAGAUCAGGCCAGGGCCAAAGGUCACAGCACGUUCAGUCAAGCUCUGCAGAUUGGCGACGACAUGCACGCGGAGAACAUCCUCCUUACCCACUUCUCUGCCCGCUAUCCUAAAAUCCCCCCAACUACCUCCCUGCCGGACAGUCCGAGAGCCAGCCCUGCGCCCAGUCCACAUCUUGGGCUGGCGUUUGACUGCACGAAGUUCACUAUUGGCGACAUGUGGAAACAGCAGUUCUACUUACCUGCUAUCGAGCUCAACCUAGGGGAUGUAGCGAAGGAUGAUAUAGACGAGAACUCAACAUUCUCAGCAUGGGACUGA